AUGUUUCAAUACGUGAUUGGACUCCUGGCUAUUAUUCUGGUGUUCUCAAAUCCCAUCAGUGACUUCUUGUAUCCAGACCGGGCCACCCGCAUCAACGAUGUCUCACCGCGCCCCAAGUUCAAUGAGUCGCUCCUAGCUAUCGAUCCGCCCAAUGCGACAGCGCCUGAAUGUGUUCCAGAUGGUUAUGUUGCUAGAAUUUUGAGCAGAGAGCCUCUGAUAAUUUACCUUGAGAAUUUCUUGAAUGAGGGAGAAAGGAAGCAUUUGCUUGAUAUAAGUGAACCGAUCUUUGUACCUUCAACCAUAACCAACAAUGGCGAGGCCACCCAUCGCGACUCUUCAGUCCGUGACUCUCACGUUGCGCUCAUUCCCAGAACUGACCCCGUCCGCUGCAUCGAGUCUCGUGCCCGCGCUCUUCAAGGCUGGCGUCCAGAUCUCUGGAUCGAGCGCAUGAGGACUCAACGGUACGGUCCGGGUGGUCACUACAACCAUCACUUCGACUGGAGCUCUAACACGCGUGGAUGGGGCCGUGUGAGCAGUCUCAUGGUGUGGGUCGAGGGUUCUGAUAGUCUUAAAGGCGGUGGCACCGAGUUUCCCCUUAUCAAGAGACCAGCGGAGACGGAAUGGUGUCGGUUCAUCGAGUGUCCUGACGGUAUGGAGAAAGAUAGAGGUACGGGUGUGACUUUCAAGGUUGUGCCGGGGAAUGCAGUCUAUUGGGAGAACUUUGCGGCGGAUGGUAGAGGGUACGAAGGGACAUGGCAUGCUGGGCUGCCCGUUCAAGAGGGAACCAAGACUGGGUUGAACAUCUGGAGUUUUGGACGAAUCUAA